CGAUCCUCUUCACUCAGCGAAGUACCGAAGCGUUUUGCUGCGCCGCUUGUACCGGAUGCCUGCCAGGCUGCUAGGCAGGCCUGGCAGGAGCCUCUCCAUUCACUGAAAUGAUGUUCGCCUUGAAUCCUUCUUGCCAUGUAAACUCAAGGUUCUCAUCGCUAUUUCACGACUCAAACCACACAACACCACCAUGCUUACUGUUGCUGCGCGGCUCUUCGCGACUACUCUCCUGCUAGUUGGUGUUGUGUCUGGUAGCUACAGCCAAUCAGGGGGCGUUGUUUCGCUUCCGUUCACGGUCCGGUAUGCCACAAAUCCUGGGCUGGAAGCGCGCGAUACAGCCACUGACGUGGACCUGGAAAACUCGUGGGUGGGAUAUGGCGAGCUUUUGGUGAACGUUUCGGUCGGAACUCCAGCGCAGCCCGUCACCGUGAAAAUCGACACGGCUACGGCGGACUCAUGGUUUUUCGGCCCGGGAUCCUGUCGCCGGAGCCGUGUCACCUGUCUGGGCGGUGAGUUCGAUGCGAGCGCAUCCUCUACCCUCACCGCGCUCGAUUACCCCCGCUUCCACAUCGAAUAUGUGAGCCCUUCAGACACUGAGGUCAACGGUACCUACUUCCGUGAUACAUUACGUAUCGGCGAUGACUUGACCGUGGACAACAUCACCAUGAUAGAAGCUACCCAGACUCAAGCGCUGUCCAGGGCAAUCAUGGGAAUCGGCUUCAGCAAUGACUCAAAGCUGGCCCAAGCCGGCCAGUGGUACCCCACCGUAAUCGACGAGAUGUUAUCGCAAGGGAAGAUCGGUAGGCGCGCAUACGGUCUCUAUAUGGACAGUAAGGACGCCGAGACGGGUGAGAUAUUGUUUGGCGGUUACGACAGGGCAAAGUUCGACGGCAACCUCACAACACUACCAAUCAUCCCUGGCAAUGAUGACUUUGUGGUCAACCUGCAUUCCAUCAGCAUGACUAACAGCUCGGGCACUUUUCCGCUUAGUGCGAGCGGCGAGAGUGGAGAUGAAUCUAGAGAAUUCCCAACGUCGGCGCUCAUCGAUACCGGUGCGGCUUUAAUGAAGCUUCCAACCGAUACGUACAAUGCCCUCAUUGACAGCCUGGGAAGUGCCAUUGACGGCUCGGGGUACGUGGACUGCGACUUUGGCCAAACAAUAUCACUCAACUAUGUCUUUGGCAACAGUACCAUCAACACCGAGAUCCAGAUUCCUCUUUCCGACCUAGCCGUGCCCUACAUGUAUACGAAUGGAGAAUAUAAGCAGGAUUCCGAGGGAAGGUCUCUGUGUAUACUGGGUGUUCGUGAGAGCACAAAGACCUCGAAACACUCUACGGGCGAUACAUUCUUGAGAUCGGCGUACGUGGUUUUCGAUCUCGACCAACGGGAGGUGAGCAUAGCAAAAUUGAAGCACGAUGCGUCCGGAUCAUCAGACAUUGUGGUACUUGGUGCAGACGGGCAAAGUACCCAAAGCGUAACUACAAGUACUCCCACGCCUACCAGCACAGGCGUAGCGUCGGGCAUAGGCGGUGCAUCUCAGACCGAGUCAACCGGAGCUGCGCAGACCUCUGCAAAUGCUGCACCCUUUUUACAGCCUGUGCCUCUCGCGAUAAGCACAGCGCUCAUCAUGGCGUGGCUGAGCAUCUGUAUCUAAAACAGACACCUUUGACCCCACAAGCAGCGCCGACAAAUCCAGCUAUAGAGUCGGAAAGGAUGGAAGUGCUACGGAAGACCAGUAAUGUGGAUAAGCCCUCAUGCCUCUCGGGGGUCCUACUGCACUUGUGCCUGUGCAGGGAGUCAUCACAGCAAUGGCGUAAACAAUCUUAAUUUUGCCUACCAGAUAACUUCUCUGUGCUCUUACCUCAAUAAUCAAUGCACAUAACUAGAGCCAAUUUUACUAUAGAUGAAAGCGCAGCAUAUUAGUCAUUAGUUUACCAAGUCCCUUCCCGUAUACACCAUAUGGUUCAGAG